AUGCAGCCCCCUCACCUCCUCCUCUUCCUCUUCCUCCCCCUCCUUCUCCCUGGGAUGUGGGCAGACCCAGAGGCAGAGAUGCAGGUUUUCCAGCUGCUCCAGACCAGCCUCUUCACCAACGUCAGCUCUGCUGAAGUGUUCGGGGUGGCUUUUCUGGGGGACGUGCCCAUCUAUGCACUGGAACCUGCCAACUGGAGCAUCCAAUUCCACUGGCCAUGGGCCCGCCAGGCCACAGCUGAGGGUGAUGCGGAGAAGAUCAAGUCCCACUCCAAAAUCUUUCUGCGCAAUAUGGUCCGAUAUGUGCACGAAACCGCCCAGCAGGCACAACUGGACUACCCAUUGGUGGUCCAGAUCCGUGCGGGCUGUGUGCUGCACCCCAAUAGGACAACCUGGGGCUUCAUGGAUGUCGGGGAGGGUGGCAGAGACCUCAUAGCUUUCAAGGUGGAGAAGCAGCGCUGGGAGCCCCGGCAGCCAACCCAGCUAGCAGAGCUGGUCAGCAAGUCCUUCACCAGCAAGAAGUCCAUCACAGCGCUCCUGGAGCACCUCCUCUCCAUCUCCUGCCAGAGCCACAUCCUCACCCUGUGUAGGUACGGGAGAGCUGAUCUGGAGAGACAAGAGCUGCCUGUGGCCACGGUCUUCGCCCGCACACCCAAACCAGACCAGCUCCUGCUGGUUUGCCAUGUCACUGGCUUCUACCCACGGCCCAUCAGCGUGGCCUGGCUGCAGGAUGGACAGGAGGUGCCGCCGGGCCCAGCACUCAACACCAGCACCAUCCUGCCCAACUCCGACCUCACCUACCAGAUCCGCAGCAUCCUGGCCGUGGCCCCCUGUGACGGGCACAGUUAUGCUUGCCGUGUGCGCCACCGCAGCCUGGGCAAUGGCAGCCUCCUCAUCCCAUGGGAAAACUGCAGUGCAGCUCCAACCGCUGGCAUCACCAUCGCAGUGCUGCUCCUUGUGGCCGCAGCCUCUGCCGGGGCAGUUUGGUGGUGGAAGCGCAGGAAAGGUAACGAGGGCACAUGGGAGACUCAGGAAUUCAUCAUCUGA